AAUGCAUGAACAAAUUAUCAUUUUUGAGCAAGGAAAACUUAGUCAGACACCAACAUUCCUGGACUAUUCAACAGCAAGCGAAGCCGAAUUAUCAUGUACACACUUGGAAAAGUCUAAACAUCCUUGGAUAAUUUGGCCCAUGAAAACCUAUUCUCCUUGUCCAAUUAUCGGUUCUUGGGACUUUAGGUCAUAUUCUAAAAAGGAUUCGCAAUUAAAAGUGAGAACACAAUUUUGCCCUUCUGAGAGAAUACCAUCAAGAAUGGAAAGUGAGUGUAUGAGUGGUGAAGGUAUUCAAUUCAUAUUCCCGAAUAAGUCAUGUGAUUUUAUAACAAAUGGAAAAUCAAAGGAGAUUAGACUAUACAAUUGGGGAAAUUGGACAGAGGGGGACGUUAUUUAUUUCGUCUUGGGUAGUGCCCAUCACGCCCAUUAUAUAAUGAGUUUUCGGGAUAUGAGAACAUUAUCUAGAAAUGCAACGGAUGCUUACAGUAACGAGGUAAUGAUUCAUUUUUACUCUUAUCCGGUUCUACCAUCGGAAGUAAACCACGUUCCCCAUAUCCAAUUAAGAGCGAAUAAGAGCAGUACUGGUAUGCACGGGAUUUGUUUUGAUGUUGACAAAAAUUGUAAAGAAAGAGCUGAGAAAGGUCUCUGUAGUAAAGAGAAAUUCUAUUGUCAACUUUCCUGCAAGUCUUGCAAUGAUAGAUAUUCCAACUUUAAUGAAUGCCAAUUUGGUAACGUAGAUAAAACAAGGGAAUGGUACUUUUAUAGGGGUGAUAAAAAGAAAAAAAUAAUAAUUAAUUCCAACGGAAUAGCCCGUAUAGACGACUUUAAGCAAAAGUUCUUUUGUAAAGCUUGGAAUCCUAAUUCAGGUCAAGACUACCCACAAUAUAAAGUUAUGACAACCUUUAAUAACGGAUGUCGGCCUAGAUACAGUUGUCUGGAAAUAUCAACGUCUAUUACUGACGGUCAACUUCAUUCUUACCGCUUAUCCUCUAGCAUUAUUAAUAACUAUUCUUCCGAUGUCGUCUGCAAAAAAUUUAAAGACGACUCGACGCCAUUAAAAGAUGAAAUUCGUAGCAAAGAGAGAUUAUCUUUGUUCCCCGUUAAUGACGCUCGUUACACUCCCAACAUGUGCUCUUUAAAUGGCACAUUUCGAGUAGCCAUAGUGGCGUACAUGAACGAAUUAGUUAAAGGAAAAUCUGGUCAUUGUACUGGAACAAUAAGCGAUUUAAAUCCGUCUUGUUCUCCAACGAAUCGUUUAAGGCUUAAGACGGAACCACCUUGUUUGCAAAACAAUUUUUCUCAAGAAAUUGACUUUACUUGCGUUGGUUUUACUCAAGUAGGUAAGCACACACUGCUAAUUACAAAGGAGGAUAGUUUUGCUGCUAAGUUUAUAUGCUGGAUAAUCUUUCGAGGAGUCUCUGAUGGUGUUACUAUUUAUAAAUUAAAGGAUGCUAAUUGUGGAGCUAAUAUCGAAAAAGAGAGGAAGAGUUUUCGUUUGCACUUUACUCCUCAUGCUGAAAAAGUCACCUGCAUAGCUAAAUCUCCUGAAGCGGAAAGAAGAAAUGAAGGUGGAAUUAACAGUGACUACGUAAACGACGAUGUUGAAGAUAGACGUUAUAGACAAAGUUAUGGAAAUAAUGCCGUUAAGACAUCUGCUUUACUUGCCUAUUUGCCUAUUUUUUUCUUACUACUUAAAAUUUUUAUUUAAUCAGAGAUUUUUUUUACUUUUAAGACAAAAAACAAAAAAAAAUGAAAAAGAAACAAAACUCAGAAAAUCUGUCUAAAGGAAAAAUGUAAUAUGCAAAUUUUCUUUCUUGCUUGAAAAGUUCUCUAUUUUAAAACUACAAAAAAAGAUAUAAUAAAAAAUAUACAAUUUCAUAAUAAAUAUAUAAAAUAUAUUGUAGAAAAUACAAUUAUAGCAGAACGAGGAGAGGUUUUGAGAUAAGAGUUGAGAAAUAAAGAGAUAAUAGGCUUAGUAUAUUUGCUUAGUCCGAUCUAACUCUUUAAGACAGAGUGCCUUCUUCAUAAUUUUUUCUUUAUAAUCUUCCCAUUCAAUUUUCGUAUCUAAGCUGCAUAAUAAAUUUUCUUCAGUUGGAUAGGGUUUGUGCUAUUUAGUUGAAAUUAAGUAUAAUUAAUUAGUGGAACUAUAGAUUGAUUACAAACAGAAACUGAAAGAUUAAUUACACUUACGUGCAUUCUAAUUAAACCUAUUA